AUGCAGUUACCAUCGUCCAUACUUGAUGAGCAUGGUAUACUACAUCUGGAAACCCCAUACAUUCCUGUUCUUACACGCAGCGGUUAUGAGUUCCUUGUCGCCUUCUUCGCUAUCCGGGCCAUUGGUGGUGCCUGUAUUCCGUUCGGCUCUGGAAUCCUUCCAGAAGAAGCAUCUCAUUUCCUGUCAAUCACAAAGGCCACCUGCAUCCUGGUUGGUAGCAAUGAUUGUAUUAAGAGGGCUGUGAAGAUAGCUGCAUUUAUUAAUAGCCAAGGCGGAACCGCCUUUACACUACCCAUCUCUCAUGAUGCUGAACCCAUCCGGGCCUCCAAUGUCGAUAUUGAUGAAGGCGUUCAACUUGCACCAGAUGGCCCAGGCAUGGUUCUCUUCACGUCUGGAACCACUGGUCUGCCUAAAGGUGCGAUUCUUCCGAGAAACUGCUUCACCAACGUGAGUCUUGCGAAGCCAGGAGAAGCCUGUAUCAACUAUCGUCCAGGGCAUUGGAUCGGCGGGGCGCGAACUCUGAUCAUGCCCAUGCUAUCUGGAAAGGAGCUUUACACAUUCGGAGAAAAAGGCAGUGCGAAGGAAGUUCUAAACGCGUUCAGAACGCAUCGCAUUACACAAGCCGCCUUCACACCAACAUUAUUAAGAAACAUGAGGGAGCUGCUAAUAAACUCUGACGGGCAAGUUCCCAAUGAGAAACGCGGCGAAUAUGCCAGCUGGUUCAAGGCACUUGAUGGGCUAAAGUGCUCUGCGGGGAUGAUCGAUCACUCAACUUUGAAGUUCUGGACUGAAUUAACUGGUUUGCACAUGUAUAUUGGCUACAGUGCAACGGAAUUGGGCGGUCUAACCAUCGCCACGAGAGAUCCCUCUCUCAUUGGAUCUCCAAUCCCUAAUAUCAAGGUGAAACUUUCAGAAGGUAACACCGGCGAAAUACUGGUGAAGAGUCCAUUCAUGCUCAUUGGCUACGUUGGCGAGGAUGACUUAACACGCGCUGCGUUUGAUGAAGAGGGAUACUAUAAAACCGGCGAUCUUGCUGAGCUAAGAGAUGGCCAAUAUUAUUUUACGGGUCGAAAAAACCAUGAUUUUGCCUUUUUCCGUUUCUUUCGCAUUCCAUUACAGAAAGUGGAACAAAGCUUACUAGAUCUACCUUACAUCUCAGAAGCAUGUGUCCUUGCGAUUCCAGAUCACGAAGCAAAAGAACUUUGCGCAGCUGCUAUUCGCCUUGAUGCAACGAGUGGUGUACCAGCGUCUGAGAUUACCCUGGCUCGCAUCCGGUCGGACCUCAUGCAGAGCCUGCCCAUGUAUAUGCUUCCCGCUAUUCUCCGAAUACUGGAAGACGGAGAGGACAUUCCACGUAAUAUUUCAGGCAAGGUUGUCAAGGCAGCUGUUCGCAGGGAGCUUUUUGCGACAACAGACUGGUGGCCGCAUAGCAACCCGCCACCAGAGGUUGAGUAUUGGGGUAACAUGCCCCCAAUAUUCGAGGCAGCUACCCGACCAUGGGAUUGGUGUGGUGUGCAAAGAGCCGAUUGA